GAGGAGGAACAAAUGACUUCGCAGUACUUUCUGCUUCAUUCACUCGAUAUCGUAGAUGCCGCGACGUUGCUCAAAGCGGGAUGCUGGAUCCACUCAGAGGAUCCACUGGAUCGCUCCAGAGUAUCGCUCGAUCAAGAGCGCAAAGACUCCGAGGAGGAGAAAACGCCAGCGAGAGAAAGCGCUUACUACCCGUGUCUACCUGAAUUUUCGAGAACGUUCGGAGUGAGUCACAUCUAUUAUCUGAGGCAACACUAGGAAAUAACUGGUUCUCCGCCUCCUUUCGCCCUUUAUCUGGUACAUUCUGCGCGAUGCGUCAUACUACAUUUGACGUCACUUUAUACUCUCGAUGGCAAAGUUUAUACCUCUCGUCCAAUCAGCGCGAACGAAUUUGUCACGUGACGGAAAGCGACCAAUGUUUGUAAACAGUAUGGUGGACACUUACGUUGCGUGACAUUCCGUUUUGAACGGGGCCGUAGCAGUCAUCUGAACCGAGUGCAAUAUUGCGAGUCAUUUUUUACGUCGGUAUAUAUACCCGCUACACAGCGUGUAAUCGUCAGUCUUCUUCCGACCAAAGCUUACGUUGCCAGGUGCAAGAUUACGAGAUCAACCAUGACGACGGUUAAAGUGUACCUCGAUGGCUCGGAGAUCCGUCGCUUCGUGAUGGGCGACGUGAAAGAUUUCAAGGCGUUCAAGGCAACGAUCGGUCAACUCUUUCCAUCGCUGGCUGGCAAAGACUUCACGCUGUCAUGGCGAGAUGUGGACGGUGACCCGAUCGUCAUGUCCAGCGACGUGGAACUUUCACAAGCCACCCUGAACAUGGAAGAUGGCCUGCUCAGGGUCUACGCCACAAUCGUCCAGCCGGGCGCUCCUGGGGCUUCCGGGGCUUCCGGUGCUCCCGGGGCUUCCGGUGCUCAAGCGCCCGCCGACAAGAUUCACGCCGGCGUACUGUGCGACGUGUGCGACACUGAGAUCCACGGCGUGCGUUACAAGUGCCUGCAGUGCGAGGAUUAUGACAUGUGCGACCCGUGUCACCUCAAGAGGACACACGAAGAGCACGACAUGCUGAAGCUUGUGAAUCCCGGAGUGCGACCCAUCUGGGGUUUCCCCGGCUGGAAACGGCUGUGGCGCCACUGCGCCAAGUCCACGAUGGGCGGCGGCCGUGGCCACCACGGCUGGGGCCACCGCAGGGGAGGUCCCCCUGGGCCCCACAGGGGGUGCCCCGCAUUCAGAGGCUGCCCGGCGACCCAGGCAGCGGGACCGUCCGCGGAGGGCGGGGCCACCGCACAAGACCCUACGCACGCUGCACGGGUGCAGUACCACGAGCUUCUGAACGGCAUCGGGGACACCAUCGCCAACCUGCUCGACCCGCUCGGCAUCAAUGUGGCCUACCACGUGGAGAGGGCCUCUGAAACAGCCCCGACCCCAGAUGACCACAGCAAGAAGGACUCCGCGACGGAACCGAUGGACACCACCCAAGACGGCGCUGGUGGCAGGCCCAAGACCUCCGAGGCAGCUGCACAGAGCACCGAGGCGGCCAAGACUCCCGAUGCACCGCGGAGCUCCGAGCCACAGGCUGCGGCAACGGGGGGCGUGUUCUGCCCCUUUGGGUCGAUCCCGCAGAACCUGGGGUCCGUUCCCAAGCCCACUCCAGCCCCCGAGUCGGAGCCGAUGACGGAGCCUGACGUGUCCCACGGGUGGACCUUGCUGAAUGCGCUCCGCGAGUCCAUCAUGGUGGACGACUCUAACGCAGCAGCAUCUGCACCGGCGGCUUCACCGGCGCAACAGCAGUGCAAUGGCUCCAAGAUUGACACUGCCCUCUCCCAGAUGCUCGUCAUGGGAUUCGACAACGAAGGGGGCUGGCUGAGGCAGCUGCUCGAAGUGAAGCGGGGCGACAUCAGCGCUGUGCUCGAGUCCCUGCACCCGUCCCCCAAGUAGAUGGGAUUGGAUCCAAUGAAGUGUAGCACUUCCCUGUUGCGUGGCGUUGGCCAUUAUGCAGAGCACUCUAUUCCGAGUAUUAUUGGUUUCCGAGUAUUCCUCCGUUUGCUUUAACUUGCGAUAGUAUUGUACCCACGUGUUUUAUGUUUAACCUACAUGUUGCGACGGCCUGGAGGGUUGUGCUCUCCCCUCCCGUGUUUUAGCAAGUAGACUGUUGGUGACGUGCUGUCUUAUUUUCGAAUAAUUAGUCCUCGAAACUCGUGACUUGUGACUGUUUUCACAUUUGGUUUGUUUGAGAUCUGUGAUGGUCAGGAUUGUUUCCAAGUAGUUCCACUUUUUAUUUUGACAAAGGGGGAUGGUAUUGUUUUUUUUUCUUCUGUUUUAUGUAUAAAGUUUAUGUAGCUUGACUGAGCCUUUUGUGUUGUUUGUAUUUGAGGUGUUUGUCAGGACCGUUAGUUCCUCGUUUGUUUUAUAAUAGAAGUUCUCUCCCUGUGAGAGCUGAUGAGUUUAGCACUGCGAUUUGACAGGUCCUACCUUAGGAAAAACUUUAGACGUUUAAACACUUAAUUACUCUCUUGAUUAGACCUGCCUGAUUUUGUGCUGCCGGUUGCAGUUUUGUGUUGUACUUUUGUCUGAUAGAUGAAAGGGUGUUAUGUUUUUAGAUUAAUUUUUGCACCUAUAGCAGGUAUAGCUGUAUUUACUUUCUAUUAUCGUUUGAUUCAUGUUCGUUGCAAUGGAUGCCUGUAUUCACCUUAUUUCUUGUUUGAGAACAAUAAAGUUUUGAUCACUACUUC